AUGCUGGUUUCGACCGGCCUCGACCGGGAGAUUCUGGAGUUCAUUGAGAACCCAGAUCCAGUUGCUGCAGUGAGCCGCAGCGUCCAAGACAAUAUACGUGUUGCUUGCAUACAUUGUCGAUCGCGAAAGAGUCACGGGCAUAACAAGCGACAGGACACCAACAAAGGCUCGCGGGCAGCUAUUCGGCAUAACAACAGCGUCUCCAUUCGGACUGUAUUCGCUGUAGCAGACAACCAGGGAAAAUCCAGCCAAGAUUUAUCCUUGGAUGAUUUGGACUGCAAUAAGUUCAACGAUGGCUGUAUCGACGAGUCGCUGUUUAUGCCAUGGAUCAUGGAUACUCCCAUGCAGCAAAACUCACCUGGUAGAUCCAGAUCAAGCAGUGGCGGUAUUCAAUCCCCUGCUGCUGACUUGGCAGUAAGGAGGCCUCCCUUUUCAGCAAGAAGGCGCAGUGCUACAGAGGCUGCGCAGGACCAGCUCCCGGGAAUUCCAACGGCCGAUCCCUUCAGCAGCACAGGUGAUGCCGAAUGUUGGCAAGGUGUUUACCUGAGUCAAGAUGAUAUUGUUUGGACGACGACUACCGGUGUACAUGUGAAGAUGGGCUUGAUAUCUGAAAUGCUGCCUGUUGAACCCUUGGGUGAGACACGUACAGAGUCCGACAACUGUUGUCUGUUAAAUUCCGUCUCCUUUCUCGAACGGCUGUCGUCCAAAAGCUCUUCGCGCGAGGACCGCCUUGAUCUGCUCCUCGCUGACCUGCGCAACUCGAUUGAGACUCUGGCCGUGUUCAUCUCAUGCGACAGAUGUGCGACCCGAGAAGAGCAGAACAUGCUGCUUGCCAUGGCGGCUAGACAGAUCGGAGUCAUCUGCGGCAGGAUGGCCAACUGUUGCAAGGCGAUGCAUCAGGUUGAUGUUUCGGUUGCCACGUAUCGCGCCAACCGACGUGAGAAGCUACACCUGCUCUGCAGCCUUGUGGCGUUGCAGAUACUGGAUUUCCAAAGGCAAAUCAAUAUAAUCAAGUCUCGAUAUCGCAAUCGGCCAAAUAAAGGGCAAUUAGAGGCCCUCAGUGAGGCAGAGAAUUAUGUCAAGUUGGCGCAGGUUUUGCUCAGCAGUGAUUAA